AUGCUUUUCUUUCGCUUUUCAUUCUUUCUUUCUUUCUUUCUUUCUUUCUUUCUUUCUUUCUUUCUUUCUUUCUAUUCCGGCAAGUUUUCUUUUGCUUUUUUUCCUUUUUUUCUUUCUAGAUUACUUGACUUUUCUUUAUCAACUCACUCAUACAUAUUCCUUCCUUCCUUCCUUCCUUCCUUCCUUCCUGUCUUUCUUUCUGUUUCGUUUUUCUACAAUUCUUUCUUUCUUUUUUCUGUCUUUAUUUAUUUCUUUUCCAGUGAGUUUGCUUUUUCUUUCUUUCUUUCUUUCUUUCUUUCUUUCUUUCUUUCUUUCUUUCUAGAUGACUACAUUUUCUAUAUCUUAUUCAUAUCUACUCUUUUCUUUCCUUCUUUAUUUCUUUCUUUCUUCAUGUGUUUCUUUCUACGUUUCAUAUCUUUGGCUUUCUUUCUUUCUUUCUUUCUUUCUUUCUUUCUUUCUUUCUUUUUUUAUUUAUUUAUUGAUUUUCCAAUCACUUUGAUUUUCUUUAUCUUCUUAUUCAUAUCUAUUCUUUUCCUCCUUCAUUCAUACAUUCUUUCUUUCUUUUUUCUUUCGUUUUUCUUUCUUUCUUUCUUUCUUUCUUUCUUUCUUUCUUUCUUUCUGUCUUCGUUUCGUUUUUCCACAAUUCUCUCUUUUGUUUGUUUGUUUGUGUCUUUCUUUCUUUCUUUCUUUCUUUCUUUCUUUCUUUCUUGUAAGUUUUCUUUUUAG